AAAUAUUGUGGGUAAUGUACUUAUUCAGCCUGGAAGGGGUGGAACACUAAGUUAAUGUAAGUAAACUGGACUUGAAACGAACUUGUUACUGGAGGGGGCGCUUGAAUUCAGCAGUGCACAUGCGCAGUGAAGCAAGCAGUGCGGGAUCCUUUCAGCAGUGACUUUGCAGACAGCGAUUCGAAGACCUCCUCUAAGAUUGAAGACAAGACAACACGGAUGCAGUGGACGUGUAAGUUUUGUAACUUCACUUGUGAAAAGCGAGGGCAGCUUCUUAAACAUUAUAGACUGAAACAUGGUGGCUACACAAGAACAGUACCAUUACCAUGUCUUCAUAAGCAGUGUCCCUGCACAUUCAAGUCAUUUAAUGCACUGAAGGUACAUUUAUCAAGAGUGCAUUCAUUGAUCAAUGAUCAUCUUAUUGAUAAAAGAAAUCAUGUGUUCCAGUGUCAGCUUUGUGACUUCAAAGAGUCAUGUGAAGAAAAGGAUUUUUUUUCACAUUUACGUACACAUAUCCGAAUGUGCCAGAAAGUCCAGUGUCCCUACAAAGAUUGUGAUUUUGAAACCAGUGUCUAUACAACAUUUAAUGCCCACAAAAGUAGGAACCAUGAUGGCAGGCACAUAGACCAACUGUUGCAGUUCAAGCCAGGGAUUUUAACACAGAGAGAAACUUUGGUUGACGUUGCUAGCGCUGAAGAGGAAAAUGACAUUGAAGAUCAGGCUGAUUUUCAUGAAGAUGAGUUGGUUGCAGUCAAUAAGAAAGACUUGGAGGAUCAGCUUGAGCACAAUUUGGCAGCUCUCUUCCUCAGAAUGCGAACUGUACUCACUAUAUCCGAAAGUGCUGUACAGGAUUUGAUACAGCAAAUACGGCAGAUAAUGGAUCUCUCAAGGCCUUUGCUUUUUUCUGCUAUUAAAAGAGUACUCCUGAACUACUAUCCUGAUGCAGAUAUAUCCAUAGCAACAGAAAUGGUAAAUGCAGUCACAGAGAGCAAUGUUAUUCUGAAACACACGGAGAUUGGAGGUUCCCUAUCCACAUCCUGCAAAAGAGCAUCAUAUGCCAAAAGAGAAUUUAAAAUUGUGGAACCUGUUGAGUUUGUUUUGAGUGAAGACAAGCAGUCAGUUGUCUACAUACCUGUUCUUCAAAUGCUCCAGGUAAUGUUCAACAAAGAGGAAAUCCUGAACAAGGCCCUUCAGGUUAUCAGUGGUGAUGUGCAAGGAUUCGACACAUUCAGGGAUGAGUCAUGGAGCAGUCUUGGCCAGUAA